GACUUCCGCUGGGAGCCGGAAGCGGGUCUCUCAUGCGAGCGGGUGGUUGAGCCUCGGCUGGGAGACGUUCGGGCCCCGCAGCCGCCGCCGCCGCCCCCUCCGCGCCCCCGCCCCGCUGUGCUGCCGCCGCCCGCGCCUCCUCCCAGCCCCCGUCCCGCUCUCCGCUACCCUUCUCCCGGCAUCCGGCGGCGGUGAGGCCCCGGCGGCGGCGGCGGCGCAACGAGAGGCCCCGGCGCCAGCGGGGAACCCGGCGGGAGCGAGACGCCCCGGCGCCAGCGAAGACCCGACCCCCUCCUAACCCCCGUGCCAGUCCGUCUUCUCCCCGUUGGGGCCCGACCCGAGGGCGGCGGCUGGUGACAGCUUACAAAGGUGACCAGUAAAGUUCUCUCUGAGCAGCCAAAAAGCAGACAGCUCAUGACUUCUGAUCAGGACACUAAAGUUGUGGCUGAACCGCAGGUGCAGCAAGUGCAAGAAGUUAAAGACGGUUCUCAUCUAGAGUCAACCAAGGUUUCUGAGUUAAAUCCUAAUGCAAAGGUGUGGGGAAAUCAUAUGUUACACUUGGAAGCAAGUGGUGCCACUGAUGGUAGCGUGAGCAAAACGUGGGAAGAAAUACCUGACCAACCUCCAGAUUCUUGUAAAGAAGGACUGGAUGCCAACGGUGAUGGCGACAAAAAGCAUCAGAACGCAGUGCUGACAGAGCUGCAGGAGCCGUCACCAGCUGUUUCAGUGUCAGACCAGACAGAUAUGAACCCUUUGGCUCUCGAUCAUUCUGAGUAUGAGUCUAUGCAUGAAACCACCCAGACAGGUGGAAACGAACAGUUGCAGCCAGAAGGUCAGGAAGAUUUACGAGAAUUACUGAAAAAAACACUGGAAUUCUGCUUAUCUAGAGAAAAUCUUGCCAGUGACAUGUACCUUAUAUCACAGAUGGACAGUGAUCAGUAUGUGCCAAUAAUGACAGUAGCGAAUCUUGAUCAUGUCAAGAAACUCAGUACUGAUAUGGAUUUGAUUGUUGAAGUGCUGAGAUCGUUGCCUUUGGUCCAAGUGGAUGAGAAGGGAGAAAAAGUUAGGCCAAAUCAGAAUCGCUGCAUUGUGAUUUUACGUGAAGUACCUGAAUCUACCCCCAUUGAAGAGGUUGAAGCACUUUUCAAAGGAGAUAAUUUGCCUAAAUUUAUUAACUGUGAGUUUGCCUAUAAUGACAAUUGGUUCAUCACAUUUGAAUCAGAAGCUGAUGCACAGCAGGCUUAUAGAUACCUUAGAGAAGAAGUGAAAACUUUCCAAGGAAAACCGAUUAAGGCAAGGAUAAAAGCAAAGGCAAUAGCUAUAAACACAUUUUUGCCAAAGAAUGGAUAUAGACCUCUGGAUAUGAACCUCUACACGCAGCAGCGUUACACAACAUCCUUUUACUUACCUCCAGUAUACAGUCCCCAUCAGCAGUUUCCAUUGUACAGCUUAAUUGGUCCACAUACCUGGUCAGCCACACACAGCUACCUUGACCCUUCAUUGGUAACACCGUUUCCAAAUACUGGAUUUAUCAAUGGGUUCACAUCUCCAACCUUCAAGCCUGCUGCUUCUCCACUGACUACACUCAGACAGUAUCCUCCCAGGAACAGGAAUCCUAGCAAGUCUCAUAUACGACAUACAAUACCCAGUGCAGAAAGGGGACCUGGGCUUCUAGACAGUCCUACAAUAUUCAACUUUUCUGCUGAUCGUUUAAUCAAUGGCGUCAGGAGUCCACAGACACGGCAGCCAGGACAAAACAGGACACGGAUGCAGAAUGCUACUACGAGUUAUGCCAAGAGGGAAGUAGGAACUGGACGGAUGGAACAGACCAGCAUUGACUCCUCUCCUGGAUUAGGUAGAGGAAGGAAAAACUCAUAUGGCUACCGAAAGAAAAGGGAGGACAAAUUUACAAGAGGCCAAACACAGUCUCCACCACCCCCAAAACCUCCAUCUCCUAGCUUUGAAUUGGGUUUAUCUAGCUUUCCUCCAUUACCCGGGGCUGCUGGCAAUUUAAAGACCGAAGACCUUUUUGAAAACAGAUUGUCCAGUGUGGUAAUAGGAACGUCAAAAGAAAGAAACAUCAAUGUGGAUGCAAGUACAAACACUAUUCCAUCAGGAAUUCCUCGAGAGCCGUUGUUGCCAGUUUCUUCUACAUUGCCCAGGACGUUUGAAAGGUCUCCUUCGCCAUCCCAGUCUUCUGAGGAUUCCAAGGUUGUGGAUAAACAGCAGAGAGAGACACAGAGUACAGAAAGGCUUUCUUCUUCCACACUCAGUACUGCAUGUAAAUCGGUACAAGUCAAUGGGGCUGCCAUAGAACUGCGAAAACCUAGUUAUGCAGAAAUUUGCCAGAGAACAACUAAGGAUCCUCCUACAUUGCAACCCCAAAAAGAACAGAAGCCAAACACUGUAGCAUGUGGGAAAGAAGAAAGAAAGCCCACAGAAACAAUAGAGAAAAACAGAGAACCUCCUCCUGCAAAGUCACAUCCUGGACAACCCAAAGACCAGAGGAGACAGUCAGGGCGCAGAUCGUCCCCUCCAGCUGUUGGCAAACGCUUAAAUAAAGAACAGAAUACCCCUCCAAAAUCUCCUCAGUGAAACUAACACCUGGGAGGGAUUUGAAGAGGUCUGCUUCCCACAAAUUAAACCCAUGUUCCCACUAAGAUACCUGAGAAUGAGUUGCUGGUUAGGAGCUUGCAGUGAUACUAGGCAUAUAACAAUGCCUGCAAGUUAUUUUUCCGUGAAAUAAUUUUUCCCCUCUUGAAGAAAUAUUCUGUUUUUCUGGAUACUUCUGGAUAGUUGUUCUAAACCUUACAUUUAGGUUGGUGCUUAAUUGGAGGUGAAGCUUAGUGUGAUUUUCUUUUCCAAGAUGUAAAAUAUUUGUCUUUAAAAAAAAAAAAAUCAACUUUUUAUUAAGCCUCUCUGUGGCUGUGUGAGUGCAAGCUCUGUAUAGUGAGUUUUUUCUAAACUGUUAAGCAGAAACGUGCUGCUGCAAUAUUUUUAAUAAACUGGUCUGCAAGUACAUAUCUAAAGUGUCCAAAAGACUGAUAACGGCAGCUAGUGUGUAGAGUGCAAGGAAGUAGGUAUAUAUUACAAAUUAGUACGUGACCUUGAAGAUUUUCUUUUCUUUAUUGGGCUGCUGUACUAAGUGUCAGCAAAUGAACUUGCACUUCUAGGUUAAAUGAGUAGUUGUUUCUAGUGUUUUUAAGAAUUUAAUCUUUUUUUGAUGUUUUGCACACACAAAAUGAAUCCUAUGGAGCACCAUAGCAGUCUUUCUAAAAUCUUUCCUUUUUUGACUUACUGCAAGCAAGUAACCAUCUUCUCACUCCAGAAUAAAACUGAUGUUAUAAUUUGCAAAUACAAAGCACAUUGUGAAUAGAAAGAAUUAAGUCUGUGAGCUUCUAUGGUGGUGAAGCCUGUUAGUGGAUGUUAUCAGGAGAAAGCACUGUAGCCUUCUUGUGAUAACCUUAGCUUCCCUGUGCUUGUAAGGGAGUUAACUGAGUCAGCGCUGUAUGUUCUGGUUACCCCUGUGCUCUGUGUAGACUUUUUUUUAAACUCGGCCCCAAGUGCUCUUUGAAAGAGUUCAUAUCUUAGUCAGCCUUGUGUUGACAUCUUCCUGUAACUGCAAGCAUUGGCAUACGGAUUUAAAUUUUUCAAGACGUGAGAUAAUGGUGUUUGUUUUGUGUGGUGGAGGAAGAGAUCCCUGGUAUUUACCUCUAGGAUGAGGUUUCUCACACUUACUUUAGAAGUGAUGCGCUUUCUGAAGGACAAGGAUGCACUAAAUUAGGAAGUUUCUAAUAAAGUUGAAUAUAAAUUAUUUUUGUUUUAAAAUGCCUAAAGUUUUUCUUUAAGUGUUUAAACUGCAGGAAGUUCAGACAAAACUCAUUCCUGCUGACUAUAACAGUACAGUUUAUUCCACAAAAAUGUUUAUUUAAACAACUGAUUUUUUUAAAGAAUUAUUUCCAUCCAAUAUUUAAAGACUUGAAUUUUAUUUAAACUUGAAAAUGACUUUGCCUUAACUUUUGUACAAGACAGCUUAGAGUUAAUGAGGUCUGACCCCGUGGAGGGGGUUAGCAUGAGUGGAAUACAGAAUUACUCAGUUACAGUAUGUAUCUAUUGUCACUGGUCUUACUGGGUAAACAUACUGUAGUACAGGAACUAGCAGCAGUUUUUGUAAUAUACCUUAAAAGAUCUUAAACAGUUGAUCUUUUUCAGAUUGUUGAAAAACCUGUAAAUGCAAAUAGUCAAUACUGUAUUAAAUAUGUGCACUUGGAAGUGUGUGCUUUGCUUGUACAGUUGUAAAUAAUCAGAACAUAUAAAAAGGUACCCUAAAGAAAAAAUCUGAUAAAAAUUAUUGAUAUUAUAAAUGUUGCUGUUGAGCUGGAUGUAGAUAAACUAAAUGUUGUGGUUUGAAUAUUACUUUAAUUUGUUGUUUUUUCUUUUUCUUAUUUUAUUCUGGUGUGCUGAACUGACUCUGCCUCUUCACUGCAAAAGGGAAAUGGAAUGAAAGUCUUAGUUGAAAGCCCUCAAAUGUUUUUCCUCGGUCCCUCUAAAAACAAGUGAUUUAACCAAUUCAAAAGUGUUCUGCAAUGUAAAUAGUAAUUUCAGCAGUCAAAGUGUAAUUUUAAGUCAUUAAUUAAAAACAAAUCUAAUUGGAAGAAAACUUUAGACUGCUACAAAAAUAUACACUGCAGCUUACUUGUCUGCUUCCAAGAAUAUCAGUGCUUUCCUUAGUGUAUGGUUCAUAGAACUAUAAAGUAACUAUAGAAGUUGACUCCUGAUAAAUUUCCUGUUACAAGCAUCAGCUGGUAACUAGUUGACCUUUCAAAUCUGGCCUGUUGUGUGCCUCAGAAUUGGUCAAAAUAGGGCAUGCUGGAACCUGUUGCAUUUUCUUGUUUAAAAAGCGCACCGAGUGCUGUGGGAGGAGAUGGGACUCUGACAACAUCACCAAAACUGCUCAACUAGUUCUGUCAUUGGAUUUGAAUAUGCUUCUCCUUUCCCCGGUGGCAGUGAAAAUGGUAGCUAGAGUUGUGUAUGGUUUAGGCCAGCUGUAUGAUUUAUUUUGUUUGUCUGCUGCAAGUGAAAGGCUUACCAGCUGCAAACAAUCACAAGUGGUUCCUCACAGCGACUCUGUACAGCUAGUCAUAAUACUCGACUGGUACCUAAGGUAAAAUAUUGAGACCAGCGGGAUGUGUUGUGCUGUUCUAAUGUAUUCUGCUGCCAUUUGUGCUAGGUCAAUACACUGUAAUUACUGCUUACCCGGCAACAGUCUGUUGCAUCAAAAGUUUAAACCUUCCUCUGAUGUGGUUUUUAUAGUUUUGGUUUUUUUAAAAAAAAGUGACACACCAAAUAGCUGUGUAAUAUACAACUUAUCCUUACUGCGUUUUACUUUGAGAUUUUUUUUCCACUCAGUGACAAAAUGGAGUUUUCAGAGUAGAGUUGUGAAGUUGCAUGCAGACUGUUGCUAUGAUACAUAGAGAUUAAAAUGUGACUUUUAAAAUGGAAAACCUCCCAAAAGCAGUAGCUGAGUUAAAGGUUUAGGGAUGCAGUAAUUAAAAUUGGCGUUUUACCUUGUAGGGCUGUGUGUGGUGAUGCUUUUCAUUUUGAAAACAAGUCAAAAUUGGAAUCUGAGACACUUCUUUCAGGAAUUUAAAAAAAAAAACAGAGCUUACUUUUAAAACUUAAUGUUGUUUCAGAUCAGUUCCCCCCCAUGACACUGUCAUUUGCCACUUAAAAAUCUGUGAGCAGUGGCACGUUUUUUAUGUUGCUGCGUUAUCCUUCGAAGACUUCAGCAGCUGGCACAGAAAGGCCCUUGUUCGUGUGGCGCAGUGUAUCACAAGCAACAGCUGACUGUAAUGGUGCAUACCUAUCUCUGUAUCUCCUUCAGCUAGCUACACUUAGGCAUUUUUAUGUGCUUUGUAACCUAUUACACUAAUAGCAGCAGACAAUCGAAGAUUUCUAAGGAGACCUAACAGCUGCCAAUUCAUGAAAUAGAAGUGUAAUAUGGGAGCCUUCUUGAGGGUUUUUGUUUUUGUUCUUCUUCCAUUAAGACUGGAAUCAAGCUUACAUGUAAACUAUCAGUAAUUUAAGUUUCCUUUUGUGUCAUAAAAUGUAAAACUGUCUAAUUUGAAAAAAAAAUGUAGGUUAUGAAAAAUAAAGAUUUAGGCACUGUUGAA